UCUUCCCAUUUCAUUGUAGAGUUCCAUAGGCUCGAAGCUCGCUCGCUAGUAGGUCGUUCUUGCUUCUUAAGCUAGCACGCCGAGCUAGUCCAUGGCGCGCAAGAAGGUGAGCCUCAAGUGGAUCUCCAACGCCUCGACCCGGCGCGCGACGUACAAGAAGCGCUGCAAGGGCCUGAUGAAGAAGACGAGCGAGCUCGCCACGCUCUGCGGCGUCAAGGCCUGCGUGGUGGUGUACGGGGAGGAGGGUGGGGCCCAGCAGCCGGAGGUGUGGCCCUCCCCGCCGGAGGCCAGGCGCAUCUUGCAAAAGUUCAAGGCCAUGCCGGAGAUCGGCAGGUUCAAGAAGGCGCAGAGCCAGGAGGAUCUCAUCCAGAGCCGCAUCUCCAAGCUCCGCGACCAGGUAGGCAAGCUGGAUCUUGCGAACCGUGAGCACGAGACCUCGCGGCUUCUCCAUGAGAGCAUGGAUGGGCGUCGUCCGGGCCUCGUCUGCACCAACGUCGAGGAGCUUGCAAACCUCAGGUGGAUGGUGGAGACGAAGAUGGCCAGGGUUAAGGAGCUACUCCAACAACAGAUCGCCAGCCAGGUAGCCCUCCCCAAGCAUCCGGCAUCAUCCUCAGCCCAUCCACAAGCUUCCUACGCCGCCGAGAUGCAAGCGUUGGCAGAAUCAGACGAUCUCCAGCCACUGCAGCAGGACUGGCCCACCUACCCGGUGCCAUCUGAAGGGGAGCUUCUUGGUGAUGUGGUUUGCAAUGCCAUUGCCAGCACCAGCAACGGCUGCGCUAGCCCCAGCAGCAACGGAGGUGACAUGACCCAGACUCCCAACCUGGAUUUCUGCUCAGGUUUCCCAUGGGCACAGGAUGUUUUUCCUCUCUCUACCAUGGAGUGAGAAGCAGGCUGCUUUCAGGCUUCAACCCCAAACCUUCCAUGCAUAUGGCCAGUUCUAUUCGUGCGUGGUGAUCUAUGUCUGGGU